AAUCCUCUGCAGUUAUUUCAUUGUCCAUCACCAAUCGCCAAAACCGCAGAAAGGUCUGACCUUUGGAUUAGCGUGAGAGUUUCACAAUGAAAGAUAGAGAAAACGAUGGAAAUCUUGAGAGCAGAAUCUUCGUGGGAGGGUUAUCGUGGGAUGUCACAGAGAGACAGCUUGAGAGUACCUUUGACCGCUACGGGAAAAUCACUGAGUGUCAGGUCUUGUAUCGAUUCUCGUACUUUAUGAUCAGAAGUCUCAGAGACUCGUUUUGAAACCUGUGUUUAGUGAAUGAUACCUCUGAGAUUGUAGGAUAGUUUUGUUUGAUGAACCUAAGACUCAUCUAUUCUGUAGAAGAGCACACACAGAUAUUGAGGUUUAUUGACUUGUUGAAGGAUGCAGUCGAGGAAUUAGUAGAGCUUUCUUAGGAAGUAAACAUGCAUCUCAACCUCCUCUUGAUCUGAAAAUCUGUUUGAGAGCCGUAUGUUUAGAAAUGCAAGAGUUUUGAGAUAGAUCAUGGCUCUUGUCUCAGCAUCAGUGCAGUAAUUUUGGUUUGACGUCACUGUGUUUUGUUGGAUAUUAUGAUUAAAUUGCAGCUGAGCUCUCUUUUCAGUGGUUUUGACACCAAUCAGGACUAACCAUCUUUUAUUCUCUUGCCUGUGGUAUCUGCUUUAGUAGUCACUGAGAUGGUUUUCUUGUACUCAUUCAUCAUGAGCCACUAGUUGUUGUAAUUGUAAAAGUACAGUUAUUGGCACAUGUAAGCAUCUCUAAGUAGUCUAUCAAUACACCAAGAUGAUAAGUUUCUGGUCAAAAAUGGUCUUGAUCAGAAUAUUAGUCUUCUUUUUUAGGUCUUGAUCAGAAUAUUAGUCUUCUUUUUUAGUGGAAUUAGCAUGGAAAACGCAUUCCUGUGGAUUUGUUGUGGGAAACUGAUUUGAGGUAACAGGUCUGUUGUAAGGGUUAAAAGUAUGGUUGGCUAGAGGCUAAUCUCCAACAUCGUUUUGCUAGGAUUAUUGUUGUGGUGAUACUUCUUGUGGAUUAGUAUUUCUACAAGUAUGCAGCUGUAGUUUGACUUUGUGUUGUGUGAUUCUAAGGACUUGAAAUGAAGUAAAUUUGUGAAUCUUGCUACCGUCUUCUGUUUGCUUGUAAAUGUUCUGAGUUUGCCACUUCUAGGACAUGCUAUAUGAGAGAUAGGAAUAUUAUGGUGGGGAGAGAUACUGGGCGUCCACGUGGUUUUGGGUUUAUUACAUUCACUGAUCGCAGAGGAGCUGAUGAUGCAAUUAAGCACAUGCAUGGAAGGGAGUUGGGCAAUAAGGUCAUCUCCGUGAACAAAGCUGAGCCCAAAGUUGGUGGAGAAGAUGUAGACCAAUUAAAGAAAGGUGGAGGCUAUUCAUCUCGAGGGAAGGGAACCGAGGAUGAGUGCUUUAAAUGCAGACGCCCUGGUCAUUGGGCUCGAGAUUGCCCAUCAACUGGUGACGAUCGAGAACGGUUCAGAGUUCCCCUUGCGAUGCGCUCUCGUAUUGGAGACAUAGAUGGACACCGAGAUCGCUAUGGAGAUCGUGAUCUGGAGAGGGAGCGGGAGCGGGAGCGUGAGUUUGACCGCUACAUGGAUGGACGCCGUGACCGAGAUGGGGGACGAUAUAGCUACAGGGACCGCUUCGACAGUGGAGACAAGUAUGAGCCUCGUGAUCACUAUCCAUUUGAGAGAUACGCACCACCAGGAGACCGUUUUGUGAGUGAUAGGUAUGGGAUGCCUGAACAUCAUCUUGAGAAUGAAUAUCGCGGGAGAGAGAGAAGCUAUGACAGGGACAGAUACGCAAGGGAUACAAGUGACAGAUAUGGAGAUAUGGGACCGAUACGCGAUGAGGGAAGACCCUACAGAAGCAGACCAGGUCCUUAUGACCGUCCUAGCCGUCCUGGAGGCAGACCUUCAUCAUAUGAACGUUGGUAGUUUGUUUUGGUUAACCAGAUGUCAAUGCUUAUGCUUUGGGAUUUAGGUCUAUAUCAGAGAUAGAACUCGAACUCGAGAUCUCUGUUAUGCUUUUUUGUCGAAUAUUAUGAUUCUUCAUCGCAGUAAAAAAGUUAUGUUCUUAUGAUCCUAUUGAUUCCCAUAAAGCAAUUCAAUAGAUUAAACUCAAAA